AUGGUCAAUUUGCCGUGCAAUGUCGAGACAUUCCGCACCCACGACAAGCGGAUGCUGUACAAGACGGCGGAUGUGGGUCAGGCGCUGCUGGUCCACGCUCGCCCGUCAAAGGCUGCCGAUCAGAUCCGUGGCUCGUUACUUCGCUCGGGCAUCACCCCGCCCACGCAGGACAUCCGUACCCGGUUUGACACCCUCGGCCGGUCGACCACCUGGCGCAAGGCCAUCCAGAUCAAGGAGCGCGUCGACGACAUCAUCCGCUAUGAGCGUAUCAAGGGCUACAAGAUCGAGGUUGUCGAUGCCGACGAGUUUGAUGAGUACGGUGUCGAGUUUACCGAGUCAUACGACGUCAACGACCAGGUAGGCUGGCACACCCACUACGCCACCCCGCUCACCACCUCGCGCAUCAUCCUCCGCAUCAAGCUUCCGAACCCCAGUUCGAACGAGCUCGGCAGCGCCUUUAUUCUCUCCGAGGGCGAAGACUCGAUCAUUUACGACGGCGUUGGCGCUGUCUAUAUUCCGCCCGAGAUCGCCCUUGCCAUGGCGCGUGAGCGCGAGCGCGCGCAGGCUCAGGCCAUGCCGCCUGCCUCAGCUCCUGCUCUUGCUGCAUCUCAGGUGCACGCUGCCGCUCCUUCGACCACGCCAGUCAUUCCGAGCCCUGCGGGUGGUCCUGCACUCGCUCCCGCGCCUACACCAGCUGCGCCGGCUCCCGCCACCGCCCCUGCUGCGCCCGCAGUUGUCGAAUCGGCCGAGGCCACCGCCCUUCGUACCAACAUUGCCGAUCUCGAGCGCAAGGCAGGCGCUGCUGGCAACCCGAUGAUCCGCAUGCGUCUCCUCAAGCAGGUCGCCGCCCUCAAGGAGAAGCUUGCCGCCCUCACCUAG